AUGGACGUCAACUUUUAUAUGGUCAUUGCAGACAUUUACUCGGCAGACCGAACGACGCCUUGCACACUGGUGGCAAAUCCGGCGAUGGCACCCCAGACCACGUCACUAAUACCCAACGCCGUCGAGCCAGCAAUGUCCGUGAUGUCGUUAUCCAGCUCCAACUUAAUGGCGAGCCGCAACCUGACAGGAUCGACUGUUGCAUCAGGAAACCUUCUCUUCAACUUAGAGAACGAGCCAGGAGUCCCGGACGGACCUCCCUCUUCAGUGAUGGCAACAGUGUUUUCAGAGCAGUUUACCAUUUUCUCGGCCAAGCGUUUCCCUGGCAUGACCGGUAAGCGUUCUUUCAAGGAGUAG